GCAGCUCAAGGGGAGACUGGCUCCGAGUUCACCCGGAAAGCAUCCGAAUGAGCCCUGCUGGUUUCAUUGGCUGAGCCCCGAGGAAAACCCCAAGCUCGAGCCCGGAGCCCCAGCCUGCCUGGCUCCUUUCUUCACAUUCCCACCCCCCGCCACGUCCUAUGCCUGGCAUUCCACGCGACCCGAUCCAACUCAUAUUUAUUAAGCACCCACUGUCUACACCGCAUCGUGGCUAGAGGCACCGCAGGAAGAAAUGGCCCCACGCCGGAAAAACCAAUAGGAUAGCCACAGGGGCUAAGGACGGACCCGAGAGAGGAGCUGGCUACCUACGGUGGGGUAGUCUGGAGAGGAGCCCUCACCCUCACCCCGCGGGUCAUGAGAGUCCCAGGGAAGAGAUGGCCCCGAGGGGCGCACCAGGCCCGGCCUCCGCGGAGUCCGCCGCAGACCGGGCUGGGAGGGGAAAGCGUGACAGUCGCGGCGGCCGCGGACCUAGCGUCUCUGGCCCGGCGUCUCCGCUCCGCCGGACGCCGGCACCCCCUGCUGCCCCGCGCAGAGCGGGGCAGUGCCAGGAAGACCGCCCGGGCCCCUCCCCCAACCGUCCCCAUCCCCCGGACUCCGGAAAAGCGGUUACCUGGCGCGCGAGCGGGGGAGAGGACACGACCCAGAAGAGGAAGGUGAGAAGGCAAACGGUGGCCUCCGGCCCAGGGAGAUUCGGGAAAUUUGGGAGACUUGUUCCGCACUGGGUGACAGCUGUUCGCUGCGCACGCGCACCCGGACCCAGUCGCCCGAUGACUCCGCCGCUCCUCACCCUCCCGUCGAGGGGCAGGGAGACAGCGGCAAAGGCGCGCGCACAGCGCCAGCCGGCUCUCCCUGCGCGAGGGCGCGCGCGCCGUCACGUGACCGCGGGGCCCGGCACUUAGUGGGUCACGUGAACUUCCAAACAGCUUAAAGGUGCCAGGCACCUUCUUGCUUUGGGCUUAAUCUUUCGCACUCUUCUUAGCUUAGGCUCCCAUCGCGCUUCGUGUUUUCUGGAGACGGACAUGUCCCCUUUUGCCCAGAACGGGAAGACACUUGAGCAGAAGGAAGGAACAGGUGCACAGAACCUUGCCUGGAAGCGCCUACCGGGUUCCCUCAGGGCUGGACCUGAUGGAGUCCACGCGCCACACGUCGCCCUGGGUUCCGACGCGGGCCUAUGGCGGCCUCCGGAACGCGAACGUCAGAGUGGCGUUGCCCUGGGUGCGGCCUCGGAAUGCCCAGCCGAGCCUGGCUAGGAUGUCGCUGCUCGCUGCUGGGCAGCAAUGACAGCGUCAUACGGCCGGGGCUCCUGAGCCUCCAGACCGAAAUGGGAGAUCCCGAGUGAGCGAAGGGUGUGUGCCUGCCAACCCUUUAACAAGUAACUCAAGCGAGAAGCUGUGUUGUUAGCCGAGGGGAGCGAAACUGCCCUGUACUGCAGUCACCUACGCGGAACAAGUUCCGCCCCGCGCAGGUGUGCUCUUGAGUCCCGAGGCGACUCCAAUAGGAAUUCGGACGGGGGGGGGGUCUCUCAAAAACUUGGGGUGACAGCACUAUGGCCUGAAUUGUAGUAACAGGAAGUGCAGGUACCUCCGGACCCCUCAGAACGUACUUAAAUUAGCUUGCUACAACUUGUUAUUUCUGCGCUGUACCUCUGUCUUCCAAGGUGUCAGAAAGAACCACACAGACCUUACUUAACUAAGGUCUUUGUACUACCAAAGACAGAUGGCUGAGCACCAGGUGUUUUGCAAAGCUGAACAAUUUUUUUAACUUCCUGUAGAGUUCCCAGCUGGGUCCUUUGUGACGUUUCCCCUAACGUCUUCUCAGCGAAGAAAGAUUGGGCAGAACCUUACACUUCUGAGCACACUCGGGCUGUCUCAUAUUCUGAGUUUUCUACUACAAUCCACUGAUUUCUGUUUUUUUUAAUAUCUAAACAGGUCCACUUACCGCACCCUGGGAGUCUUUUCUCCCUGGAAGGAGCAUUGCGAGGACAGAUGAAAUAUGGGUGAUUAAGUAAAGCUAAUGGAAUUACUGGGUCACCACACUUCAUAAGUCAUUAAAUUAGAAUUAUUACCCACAUAGGUACACGAUUGAACUUACUAAUAUGUAAACUCAACUGGGACUUUUCCAAAUGUGUAUACUAUGAGGAUUCCCAACCCUCCUUACAAGUCAAUCGGAUAUGCUAAAACAAUAAACGUAUAACAACAUUCAUUUAGGGCUUACUGUGAACUUGACACUGUUUUAAGAGCCUCACAUAUAUUAACGAAAUUAAUCCUUAUAAUCAUUCAAUGAAUAGGUAUGAUUAUUACCUCCUUGUUACAGAUAUGAAAACCGAAGUAUUGAGAUUAAGAAAUAUGUCAACUACUGAGAAUCCGCCUGCCGAUGCUGGGGACACGGGUUCGUGCCCCGGUCCGGGAAGAUCCCACAUGCCGCGGAGCGGCUGGGCCCGUGAGCCAUGGCCGCUGAGCCUGCGCGUCCGGAGCCUGUGCUCCGCAAUGGGAGAGGCCACAACAGUGAGAGGCCCGCAUACCGCAAAAAAAGAAAACAAAAAUUAAAAAAAAAACAGAAAAAAAAAAAAAGGAAAUAUGUCAACUACUAAACACCAGGGUCCUUGGAAGCCAUAUGCUGUAUUAGACGAGGAACCUAGUACACCAAAGCUAAAAGUCUGGAAACCUGAAUUCCAAUCCACUCACAAUUUGUAGACACACAAUAUUGCACAAAUAACGUUUGUCGAACACAGUAAAUCGAGUCUCAGUUUUUUUAAUCUGAAAAAUGAGGGUGACAUAUCAGUUUUGCUGACUUUGAGCAUUUUUGAACAUUAAAGAAGAUACUGUACAAUGUCAAAACACUUCAAAAGCUGUAAAGCACUGUGUGAAUCUAUUAAGCACUUCACAGUUUUGGAAAUUGAAGUGAGCCUAUUAGAAGAUCAACUGGAUUCAUGUCACAGAAAAUGUUGUGUCCCUAAUGUAUUGAAAUAUCUCUGUUGUAAAUUACAAUGCAAAUUAACAUUUUAGCCAUGUAGUAAAUUAUUUACGUCCAAUUAAAAAUGCCAGUUGUAAUAAGAUGGAGGCUGUAUAAUGGAUACAUAGAUUUUCCUUGAAGCUUAUGUUAUGUGAACUACUGUUCACCUCAGAGACAAUACUUAUAAAUUUCUUAAGAUAUGUAUAACGCAGCAAAUUGAUAAAUUGAUACACUACUAAAUAAUAUAGUCUAAUUUUGAAUAUAUUGAAGUCCAUUAGACUUUUGCAAAUAUAAAUAAAUAAUAGUAAUACUCAUUAAUGUUUCCAUUUAUCAUUAUCACAUAUGUAUGUUACUUCUACAGGUAUAAUACAAACUAACCAAUAACUAGAUGUUUAGAUGAUUUUUUUAAAGUGUCAUAGUUAAUAUGAUAGUGAGUACCUAAUAAAAUUAGAAAUCUUGGUACCUGUU